AUGUUGCAGUGGUCUCUACUCAGCACCCUGGUCUGGAGCCCUGGCUCUGUCCUGCUCAUGCUUGUCCUCCUUAGACUAAGUGUGCGACUCUGGCAUGAGUCUCAUCUUUGGGAUCUCCAGCAGUGCUCCACAGACCUAACGGGGAAGACAGCAGUGGUGACUGGAGCCAACAGUGGCAUCGGGAAGGUUGUAUCCCAGGAGCUGGCCCACCGUGGGGCCCGUGUAAUCCUUGCCUGCCGUAACCAGAAGCGUGGACAGCAAGCCCUGGCUGAGAUCCAAGUAGCCUCAAAGGGCAACUGCCUCCUGCUUGGCCAGGUGGACUUGAGCUCUAUGGCCUCCACCCGGAGAUUUGCUCAGUGGCUUCUGCAGGAGGCUCCUGAGAUACAUCUGCUGGUUAACAAUGCUGGAAUCUGCGGAUUCCCCAAGACACUUACCCCAGAGGGCCUUGAUCUCACCUUUGCCACCAACUAUGUUGGGCCCUUCUUGCUUACAAAUCUACUCCAAGGGGCCCUACAACGGGCAGGGUCAGCCCGGGUAGUGAAUGUGUCUUCCUUUCGACAUGCACAUGGGUAUAUUGAUGAGAAACAUCUGACAGGGGCUGGUAAGCCUUUGACCUUUAACCAGAACUACGACUGCAGCAAACUGCUCUUGACCUCCUUCACUGGGGAGCUUGCCCGGAGACUUCAAAGGACAGGUGUGACUGUGAACUCUGUGGACCCAGGUGUAGUAUACACGGAGAUCAUGAAGCAUUUCUCUUGGCCAUACCGCCUCUUGUUCUGGCUCUUCAGCUUUUUCUGUAAGGAUGCCAAACAAGGUGCAAUCCCAGUCCUCUACCUGAGCUUGGCAAAGGAGCUGGAUGGUGUUUCUGGAAAAUAUUUUAGCAGUUCCUGUAUGAUAACUCUUCCUACUAAAGUUGCUCAGGAUCCUCAAGUGGCCCAAAGGCUCUGGAAUGCUUCUGUCCAGCUAACAAACCUAGAUAAGGUGGACUGAUCCUCUGUGACCCCUGCCCUAACUUGCCAUCCUCACUGACUCCCAGCCCUUACUCUGAUCAUGCUUUUUGUUUAUUGGUUCCAAGCAUCAAUCGUCUUGUCUGAUAUAAUGAUCACUUCCUCUUCCUGUUGGCUUGGGGCAUGAAAGCUCAGAUUAGCCAGAGGAUAGUUUCACCUUCUACUUUCCUGCCAGUUCUCUGAUGGAAGUAUUCAUCCCUUGGCAACUAGGAUCUCCAAACCUACAGAGUCCCGCUUUGUGGUGACAGGGAGUAAAACUCCUUCCAGUGGGAAUUAGGGGUACUGGUAAGAAGGGAAACUUCCACCUGUACCUCUUGGUUUCUACACGUAUGCUUCCUGGUUUGGGGGGAAGACAGUACCACACAGUGCCCUCUUGAUUAAAGCAUAUAACACACCCUGUAGGACAAUACUCGUACUUUACAGAGUGUUGUCUCCCAACUGGUACUGUACCUGAGCCUGCAGAUGAUCAUUCCACCUUUCCAUCAAACCAAACCAAGAUCACAAGCAACAAGCCAAGCAACAAGAUCAGUGAAUUCUGGUGCUGGGAGCCCAUUACUUUUCUCCAGGGUCUUUGUUCAUCUAUAUACAUUUUGGGAUCAGCUCUUCAAAUUUCACACACACACACACACACACACACACACACACACACACACACACACGAAUCCUUCUGUGAUUCCAUUACAUCUACUUGGGAGGAUUGGUAUUUUUACGAUAUUGAAUUUUCCUAACCUUGAACAAGGUAUACUCCUAACGACUUAACUCUUUUUAAUAUCUUUACAAAAUUUUAAAUAAUUUUAUCUGUAAAGAUCUUACACCGGAUUUAUUAUAUUUAAUUCAGGUAACUUCAUUUUGAUGCUAUUGUAAAUGGUGCCUUAACCUUUGUGUUGAUUGUCUAUUG